AUGCGCGUGGGCGGUCGUCUGCAGAACUACGCCCUACCAUACGACCAGAAACAUCCCUUAAUUCUGCCCAUGAAUCACGUGGCGACUGAAAUGCUUGUGUGUGAAUUACAAUUGCGCAAUUUGCACGCGGGGCCGUCAUUGCUGAGUGCAACUAUCUAUCAACAAUAUUGGAUCGUUGGAUGCCAGACGGUAGUACGCAAGGUGGUGCAAGGAUGCCCGCGAUGUGUUCGUCUCAAAGGUAAAACUGCUAAGCAACUGAUGGGCAACCUACCAGCGGAAAGGGUGCGAGCAUCAAGGGUGUUUUCGCACGUCGGCGUUGACUACGCUGGCCCAAUCAAACUCAAGGCAUCCUGUGUUCGAGGACUGAAGGUCACCAAUGGUUAUAUCGUGGUGUUUGUGUGUUUCUCAAUACGAGCAGUGCACCUUGAAGUGGCAUCCGAAGUGGUCUAUCCACGAAUACCUUUAUUAACGUUCUCAAGCGGUUCGUAUCACGGCGCGGAUAUCCGAACGAAAUAUGGUCAGAUAAUGGGACCAAUUUCGUUGGAAAUGAUCGUGUUUUGCAAGACACCGCAUAUGGGCGGUAUAGGGGAGGCUGCUGUCAAGAGUACCAAGAAGCACCUAGUAGCAGAACUUGGGGACGAAGCGAUCACAUUUGAAGACUUGUCGCCAAUCUUAUGUCAGGUUGAAGCAUGUCUUAACUCGAGACCAUUAUGUGCGUUAUCCAGCAAUCCGGACAGUGUUGAAGUGUUGACCCCUGGACAUUUCUUGAUCGGGAAGGCGAUUAAUCUUAUUUCUGAACCAGGUGUGCAGCAUCUACCAGUGGGACGCAUGGACCGGUGGCAACAACUUCCCAAACGCACCGUCAGAAUCUGGAAUAGAUGGAAGGGUGAGUAUUUAAUCAGUUUACAGCCAUGCAACAAGUGGCGCACCUCGCAACCUAACAUCAAGGUGGAUCAACUGGUUCUAGUUAAAAAUGACAACGCUCCACCCACCCAAUGGGAACUAGCACGAGUGGUGCAGGCGCAUCCGGAUGCAACUGGGGCGGUUCGAACUGUGACUCUACGACGAGGCUCAACUAUAUAUCAACGACCCAUCCACAAGUUGUGUCUGCUUCCGGGGAAUUGA